AUGUCGUCUUCCAUCGCCCUCCGCCAUGCCCGUCACCUCUGCACCACCACCGUAGCCGCUGCCGCUGCUACCGCAGCCAAACUGUCCGCGCCCUUGUCCAUUUCCCAAACCAAAAGCAAACUAAGACACGAGUACGACCCAGACAUGGCCCUUCAAAUCUACUCCUCCUUUACUUCCUCCAAUACCCAUUCCUCCUCAGCCUCCUCUGUUCGCUACGCCCAGGAGUUCACCGUCCGUCGUCUUGCCAAAUCCCACCGCUUCUCCGACAUUGAAUCAUUUCUUGAGUCCCACAAAACACUUCCCCAAAUUACUGAAGAAGCCUUCCUUGCCUCCCUCAUUCGAUCCUAUGGUGUUGCGGGUAUGUUCGAGAAUGCCCUCAAAACGUUCGAUGAAAUGAAUUCUUUGGGCACCCCUCGAUCAUCACUCUCCUUCAAUGCUCUCCUUACUGCUUGUGUACACUCCAAAUUGUUUGAUCGUGUGCCCACUUAUUUUAGUGAGAUUCCGGCAAAAAACGGGUUUUCUCCUGAUAAAUUCUCGUUCGGUAUAUUGAUUAAAGCAUAUUGCGAGAUGGGCUCGCCUGAAAUGGCAAUAGAGAAGUUAAGUGAGAUGGAGGAGAAGGGGAUUGAGGUUACUCCAGUUACUUUUACCACAAUUUUACACGGGUUGUACAAGAAGGGAAGGAGUGAGGAGGCCGAGAGGUUUUGGGAUGAGAGAGUAACGAAAAAGGGUUGUGUUCCUGAUGUUGGGGCAUAUAAUGUGAGGCUUAUGCACAUUCAUGGCGGUGAGGUAGAGGGGGUCACGAGGUUAAUUGACGAAAUGUGUAAUGCUGGGAUAAAACCGGAUGCUAUUAGUUAUAACUACUUGAUGACGUGCUAUUGUAAAAAUGGUAUGAUGGAUGAAGCAAAGAAGGUAUAUGAUGAGUUGGGGUCUAAAUGCUGUAAUCCAAAUACGACUACUUUCAGGACGUUGGUGUUUCAUUUGUGCGAGCAAGGACGAUAUGUGACAGGGUACAAGGUGUUUAAAGAGAGUGUGAAGUUGCACAAGAUUCCGGAUUUUAAUACUUUGAAGUAUUUAGCAGAAGGGCUGGCCAAGAAUGGACAUACGAACGAGUUGAAAGCAAUGAUUCGAACUAUGAAUAAGAAGUUUCCUCCUAAUUUGCUGAAGGCUUGGGGGAAGCUUGUGGAGGAUCUGGGCUUGGCUCCUAUUGACACUAGUAAGGUCGAUUCUGGUGAGUCAGAAAUGGCCAGUACCUGA